AUGCAUAGCCCUCAUAUGCGCCUCAACAUCUGGUACCUCAACUAUCAGUGCAUCGCUGCUGUCCUAGACCUAGGAUUGCAGCGCGACAUUAACACAAACUCUGGCAUCUCCCUCCUCGAGCAGGAGAUGAGAACCAGGAUAUUCUGGGUAGUGUUCACUCUUGACAGGAUGAUUGCAACCAUGAUGGGGCGCCCGAUUGGCUUGCGAGAUGAAGCAUGUGAUCUUCGACUGCCGCAAGAUAUCGAUGACAGCUCGUUUCAGGCCUUUAACCAACCAUCGAACAGUGUGUAUACAGGCCGCAUGGCCUUCUCGAUCCAUUUGUUUCGACUGGCAAAACUCAACUCGGAAUUCAAGUAUGUUGCGAACAGCAUCGUCCGCGAAACUCCUAGAUACGCCUACCCUGCGGUAAUUGACAUCAACGAAUGGCAACAAGAAAUGCUCCUGAAGUUGGAUGAAUGGUACGGAAGGAUCCCUGAGGUGCCCGGUUGCGAUUACAUCCGUACCAUUUGCCAAGUCAGAUGCCAAAGCCUUCGUAUGCUCGUGCUACGACCUAGCCCCGCCAUCCCGAACCCGUCUCCCGUGUCACUAAGAAAGUGCUACGUUGCCGCACGCGAGGUUGUCCUUCUUUUCGAUCAGCUGUAUAAGCAGAACUUACUGAUUCACACCUGGAACACGUGCCAUUCCGCAGUUCUGGGUAUCAUAACCAUGCUGUACUGCAUCAAAGUGGUUCCUGACAUCCCCAGGCAGACUCCUUUAGACAUUAUUAUGUCUGACUUUAGCGCUGGUCUGGGGGUUUUAGCUGCUACAGGGGAGCACUGGUCUGGGGCAAAGCGUUGCAGAGACAUCCUUGAUGACAUGGUUCGGGCGACUAUCCGAUGGAUCAAGGAUCUUACCAACCAGUCCUCUUCCAUUGAAUCCCAGAACCCACGUCAGUCGUCGAGGAUCGAGCCGGCAAAUGUUGAGACAGUGAGCCCGUAUGAUGGGAAUACUGGUGUGAAUGGGACGUCGGCAGCUCGACCCGGCUUCUCCGAAGGACUGUCUCACCAGAUGACCAUGGCUUCCAUCGCGGCUGGGAUUCCUUCAACAUUACUGCCGCAGGAUCCCUUCGAGUCCUUUCUUGCUAGCACUUCGUUUGGCGAGCAGUUGCAGAUAGGAGAUACAGGGAGCUUGGACAGCAUCAUGCGUGGUCUUUUCGAUGACUUCAUACCAACGUACCCCAAUUUCAGCUGA